AUGAGUGUGAAAAAAGUUGCAGUGAUUGGUGCUGGAGUCAGUGGACUAGGUGCAAUUAAGAUCUGCUUGGAGGAGGGACUCCAGCCCAUGUGUUUUGAAAAGAAAAAUGAUAUUGGAGGGCUGUGGAUCUAUGAGGAGAUGCCCGAGGUUGGAAAUCCUGGGGUAUACAAAUCUUUGACCAGCAAUACUUCCAAGGAGAUGACUGCCUUCAGCGACUACCCUUUCCCUGACCACUACCCCAAUUACAUCCACAACACCAAAAUGAUGGAGUAUCUCAGGAUGUACGCCAGCCAUUUUGGGCUUAUGAAGCACAUCCAGUUCCAGUCAAAGGUGUGCAAUGUGAGGAAACACCCUGAUUUCUCAUCCUCUGGACAGUGGGAGGUUGUGGUGGAAGCUAAUAGGAAGCAGAAAACCUACAUCUUUGAUGGAGUCAUGAUCUGCAGUGGUCACUACAAUAAGAAGAAUUUGCCUUUACAGGAUUUUUCAGGGAUCCAGAGGUUCCAAGGCAGGUAUCUCCACAGCUGGGAGUACAAGCACCCAGACAGCUUUGUGGGGAAGAGAGUGCUUGUGAUUGGCAUCGGGAAUUCUGGAGCAGAUGUGGCUGGAGAGAUCAGUCGUGUUGCUGAACAGGUUUUUCUCAGCACAAGGAGAGGUGCAUGGAUAUGGAAUCGGGUGUGGGACAAUGGGAAUCCCAUGGAUGCCACACUCUUCACCAGAUAUAACAGAGUCAUCCAAAAGUUCUGCCCCAAAUUCCUAAUCAACAGCUGGACAGAGAAUAAAUUAAAUUCAAGGUUUAACCAUGCCAAUUAUGGGCUACAGGCUACACACAGAAUUCUUGACUAUAAAACAGUUUUCAGUGAUGACUUACCAAAUCACAUAAUUACUGGAAGAGUACUGAUGAAGACAAAUGUGAAGGAGUUCACUGAGACAUCAGCCAUCUUUGAGGAUGGCACCGAAGAGAGUAUUGAUGCUGUCAUCUUUGCCACAGGCUACAACUUCUCUUUCCCUUUCCUGGAUGAUGACUCAGGAAUCCUGGACAGCCAGCACUCCAUGUUCAAAUUAGUCUUCCCUGUUCAGCUGGAGAAGCCAACACUAGCGUUCAUUGGCAUCCUGCAGCCAGCAGGAGCAAUUAUUCCCACAUCCGAACUCCAAAGUCGAUGGGUUGUGCAUGUAUUCAAAGGACUGAAAAAGUUACCUUCAGAGAGUGACAUGUUAGCUGACAUCAACAGAAGGAAAAGGUAAAUGGCAAAACAGUUUGUGAAAAACCCAAGAGAUGUACGUCAAGUGAGAUAUAUAGACUACAUGGACGAAAUUGCUUGUGAGCUAGGAGUCAAACCCAACCUGCUUUCUCUCCUCCUCUGGGAUAUAAAGCUGGCCAUAGAGAUUUUCUAUGGGCCCUGCACCCCAUACCAGUACCGUCUACAGGGACCAGGAAAAUGGGCUGGGGCUCGGACAGCCAUCCUCACUCAGAGAGAUAGGAUCCUCAAACCCCUGAGAACUCGCAUGCUCCAACACUCUGAAGCUGCCUCCUCUGGUCCGUUUUGGAGCAAAAGUGUCUGUGCCAUUAUUUUAUUUUGUGUUUUCAUGUUAACUAUAACGCUUAUGACAUGUUGGCACAGAUGUUUCUGCAAUUAG